UUUUCUUUUCUUGCAGCCUCUGUUGAGCAUCUUUUCCCACUAAAAUGCUCUUUUUUUAACAAUCUCAUUCUUCACCUUCUUGUUGAAAAAUGUUCUUGGUUCUCUUUCUUUGUUGAUUCCAACUCUCUCCUACUUCUUUCCAUUCUUCAGCUGAGCUCUGUUAAUUCUGUCCUUCUUUCUGGGUUCCCAUAUAGCAUUUUCUGUUUGAUCAGAAAGUUUAAUUGCUUUCUCUUCAAUACAGUUGCGGUUCUUUUUCUUUGCUCUGGUUUUUUCUUGGAAAUUGAAGUUCUUGGGAAAAUUCUUUGCUGAUCCUUCUGAGUUCUGUCGGACAAGCUGAAAGAAUCCCAUAUUUCUGGGGUUUUAAUUCCAGAAUUUAGAAUUCUCUUUCAUUUUUCCUUCUUGUUUGCCAGUGGUUUCUGGGAUUUCUCUUUUCUGAUUUGAGUACUAAGCGUUCUUCAAUUCUCUUUCUUGAGCUCCUUAUUCCCUGAAAUUAGUUUCCCACUUUUUCUUCUUCUUCUUCUAAUGGUUUAGCUUACGUUCUCGUUACUCUUGAUCACAACUUCUCAAAACUUCUCAGCUUCCUUUUUUUCUUGUUUUUUUUGAAUAGUGAAACAUUCUCACAAUUGGGUUCCAGAUUCCAUGGGAAUUUGUCAUGGAAAACCCAUUAAACCCCCACAAAACCUAUCUGACAACCCAAUAAUUCCUAAUGACAAUGAGCCAACAUGGAAUUCUCAAACAAGGAAACCAACAAACUUUCCCUUCUACAGCCCAAGUCCUCUUCCUAGUGCAUUCAAGAACUCACCUGCCAAUUCUAGCGCGACUUCAACCCCUCUUCGCCUCUUCAAGCGCCCAUUUCCUCCACCAUCACCAGCAAAGCAUAUCCGGGCAUUGCUUGCUCGGAGACAUGGUUCAGUUAAGCCCAAUGAGGCUUCAAUUCCUGAGGGAAGUGAAUGUGAUGGGGAGUUGGAUAAGAAUUUUGGUUACUCAAAGAAUUUCACUAGCCAUUAUGAGCUUGGAGAAGAGGUGGGGCGUGGGCAUUUUGGGUAUACUUGUUCGGCAACUGCAAAAAAAGGAAGCUUGAAGGGGCAGGAUGUGGCGGUUAAAGUUAUCCCAAAAUCAAAGAUGACUACGGCAAUAGCCAUUGAGGAUGUAAGGAGAGAAGUGAAAAUAUUACGGGCUCUCACUGGGCAUAAGAAUCUAGUGCAAUUCUAUGAUGUUUAUGAAGAUGACGACAAUGUUCAUAUAGUAAUGGAGUUGUGCAAAGGAGGAGAAUUGUUGGAUAGAAUACUUUCAAGGGGUGGAAAAUACUCUGAAAAAGAUGCCAAAGCUGUCAUGGUUCAAAUUUUAAGUGUGGUUGCUUACUGCCAUCUCCAAGGUGUGGUUCACCGUGACCUGAAACCUGAGAAUUUUCUUUUCACUUCUAAAGAUGAGCAUUCUCCAUUAAAGGCCAUUGAUUUCGGACUCUCUGACUAUGUGAAGCCAGAUGAAAGGCUGAAUGAUAUCGUAGGGAGUGCAUACUAUGUAGCUCCUGAAUUUUUGCAUAGAUCAUAUGGAACAGAAGCUGACAUGUGGAGUAUAGGUGUCAUUGCUUAUAUUCUUCUUUGUGGAAGCCGGCCCUUUUGGGCUCGGACAGAAUCUGGAAUCUUCCGAGCAGUUCUUAAAGCAGAUCCUAGUUUUGAUGAAGCCCCGUGGCCUUCGUUGUCAAGUCAUGCGGUAGACUUUGUAAAGGGUCUGGUGAACAAAGAUUACCGUAAAAGAUUAACAGCUGCCAGGCUCUUA